UUCCAGCCCAAGGAGCACAUCGCGGGCAAUGCCCCGAUGAAGACGUCGGCACAGCGCAACAUUCGCAACAAGGUCCUCGAGCAGCUCCCCUUCCUCGCCCUCCCCGCCGGCCUGACCGUCCUCGACCUCAUCUGGCCCAAGAAGGAGACGCUGUCGCUCAUCAAGUGCCGGGAGCACAUCUCGAUCUAUGCCGUCCACGGCGAGCCCCUCUUCUUCCAGCACUUUGACGGCCCGUUCUACCCGACCCUCAAGGUCCUCCACCGCUUCCCCGGCAUGCUUCCUCGAGUCGGCGUCGACCGCGGCGCCAUCAAGUUCGUCCUCUCGGGCGCCAACAUCAUGUGCCCCGGCAUGACGUCGGCGACGGGUUACCUCCCGCCCUCGGAGCACAACAUCCCGUCGGGCACGCCCGUCGCCGUGUACGCGUACGGCAAGGAGCACCCGCUCGCGAUCGGCCUCACCAAGAUGUCGACCAACGACAUCCGCGACCUCAACAAGGACAUUGGCGUCGAGAACGUCGCCUUCCUCGGCGACGACUUGUGGAAGGUCGACAAGCUCUGA